AUGACGGGAAUAAGACGGGUGGAAAAUCUCCAACUUCACGUAUUCACCGACGCAAGUCCGCUAGCCUAUGGCGCAUGUGCCUACCUCGUAGCAGAAGACAACGAUAGGCAGGUCAGCGUCAACCUAGUGUUUGCGAAAUCUCGUGUUCCACCGCUGAAGAAACUAACGUUACCUCGACUUGAACUCAUGGGAGCAAUUCGCGGGACUGCCAAUGCCUGGAAGCCAUUCGUCGCAAAUAGAGUGUCCGAGGUACAGUCGCUGAGUGACCCGGACGCGUGGAAUCAUUGCCCUGGCUCUCAAAAUCCGGCGGACGCACUGACACGCGGAGAAACAGUCGAAACACUACGUGACAGUCAACUGUGGUGGCAGAGCUGGCUUUCAGAACAAGAAGAACAUUGGCCUCGCCAGGAAGCUCACAGCACGGAAAAUCUACAGCCUGUUGAAAUAGAAAAACGACGACAAGAGGUCAUCGUCAUGACCACCGUGGUUGCACCACCACCGUUGACGACAGUGUCAGAUUUCAGCUCCUACACAAAGUUACUUCGAGUCACCGCGUGGUUACUACGGUUUGUUAACAAGUGUCGGAGACAACUUCUCGCGUCUGAAACGUUUUUGACCACAGCUGAAAUCAACAGAGCGGAAAUCCUGUGGAUCAAGCAGGCUCAGAUCAACUGCUACGCGAACGAAAUCCGUCAUCUAGAACACGAGGGUCAGGUGCAACGUGGCUCAUCGAUCGCCGACCUUCAACCUUACAUAGAUGACAAUGGAUGUCUAAGAGUGAAGGGACGUCUGCACUACGCCAACAUUUCAGAAGAAACGAAACACCCAAUUCUUCUUCCAAAAGACAGUGAUGUGACCACGCUGAUCGUAAACGCUGCUCACCUACGAACGUUGCAUGGUGGACUACAGUCUACGCUGUCUGAUAUUCGUGAGAAAUAUUCCUAG